AUGUUGCACCUCGUUGUUGUCUCCGCCUGUCUCCCACCACCAAUGUUUGCUGGUCUCGACCUGUUUGCGACAGCUGCCUUCAGAGGGGUCACGAGGAGCACGAGGGUGGUGCAGGAGGAAAACAGCCCCAUGUGGAAUGAGACUCUGGCAUGGCCACUGGGGGACCAGCCUCUGAAUGCCACUUCUGCCCUGGACAUCCAUCUCCGAGAGCUGGAUCAGGAGAGGGACCUAGGCUCCGUCACAGUGCCACUGGUAUUCCUGGCCACCAAACCAAGCCACGUCCUCACCCUGAAGGACCUGCCUCUUCUGGACAGUGACAGGCAGCCCAUGGGGGGUACCAUCAGUGUAAACGCCUCCUAUAUCCCACCAGGACACAAGAUAUUCAGGGAGCCUGGAAAGCAGGAGGCCAAGUGGGGAGUCGGGCCAGCCAGGGCUACUGGCAUGGACCAUCGGAGACCAGGAUUUCACAGCCCAACGCCUCGCAGGCAGGAGCUUGGGGACAAGCAGCAGGAUUUCCAGGUGCGUGUGAGAGUGAUUGAAGCCCGCCAGCUCCAGGGGAACAACAUCCGGCCAGUGGUGAAGGUUUUUAUCGGAGAGCACAUGUUCCGCACCCGGAUCAAGACUGGCAACAACCCCUAUUUCAAUGAGGUGCUGAACUCCCGGGCGAUACGCGCCAACUCCCUGAUCGGCAUGUUCAAACUCGAGUUUGGACGUGUGUACAGCUCCCCUGGCCAUGCUCUCAACUGCAAAUGGCUGAGUCUCUACCACCCUGAUCACCUUGGGACGGGCUUGAGGGGCUACCUCCAGGUCAGCCUCUGUGUGUUGGGAGCUGGGGACCCCACACCGGGCCCAGACAAGCCUGCUGAGGGCAAGGAUGGGGAGGCAGCUGUGCUCAAGUCACCCGGGGUGCCCGUGUGCAUGGCCACCUUCCAGCUCUGCGUCUACAGGGCUGAAGAUUUGCCUCAGCCAGAGUACACUGGGCAGAGCCCAUCGCAGCCCCUGCUCCCUGCACAGCCCCAGGACAGUGGUGUGGCUGGCCUCUGCGUGGAAGUCAGCUUUGCAGGGAAGACGCUCCGGACAAGGUCAACACCAAGACAGGACAACCCCGUGUGGAACAUGGCUCUCUUCCUUCCUGUCCAGCUACCAUCUGUGUGCGACACAAUCAAGCUGGCUGUGCUGAGCGGGGACCAGCCCGAGGCCCUGGGCACUGCAGCUAUCAGACUCUCGCAGGUGUCUUCGGUGGGGACAGAAGCAGAAGGGGACUUUGGUGGAUUCCUGCCCUGCUUUGGGCCCAGCUUCCUGACCCUCCACAAGUGCCUCAGAGACCUCCCCAGCCAGCCGGACACACAGGAGGCACACAAGGCUGGGAGUGGGGAUGCCGUGACCUACUGUGGCCGGAUCCUGGUGGAACUGAGCACCAGCAUGGAGGCCCCACCUAUCCAGGAGAUGCAGGAGAUCCCUGAUGAUGCUGUGGCCCGUCUGGAGCGCUACCUGCCCAGGCGGAAGUAUGGGCUGGGCGCCAUCUUCUACUCAGCCACCAUGCUGCCCCAGCUCACGGGACUGCUGCGCCUUCAGGUCAGCAUGGGGCACUACGGGGACAACGCUGAGCACAGCUGCAAGCCUGUGCCUUCCUCCACCCCAUAUAGCCAGGCUGUCUAUGAUGGGAACCGUUACCAUUACCUGCCCUGGUAUGACACCAAGCCUGCGGUGGCUGUCACCUCCUUCUGGGAGAACGUGGGCUACCGUCUGGAUGCCCUUAAUGCUCUGCAGGCCACGCAUGACAGGCUGAAGCAGAACCUGGAGGCCCUAUGCACCGUGAAAACCCCUGACAGCCCUGCUUGGACCCACGCCUCCAAGAAACUUCUGGAGGAGCUGCUGGAGGACUGCAGGAAGCCGCUGCCUGACUUGGAGGGGCGGGUGACAGCCACGAUCCUAGACCAGCGACUGCGGGAGCAGCGGGUUCGGCUCCUCUGUCGGGUGGCCCGGUGCGCUGAGAAACUCGGCGCGGAAGCGCUGGUGGCCCAGGCUCAGGAUUGGCUGCAGCAGCUGGCUGCCGUUGCCCACGAGCCCCAGGUCAGCAUCCCUGAUGUGAUGAUCUGGCUGCUGUGUGGCGAGCAGCGCGUGGCCUAUGCCCGGGUGCCAGCUCGUGCUAUCUUGUUCUCCAAGGCCGGGCCCCGCACCUGUGGCCGGCUUUGUGGGAAGACCCACACCCUCUUCCUGAAGAACCCCCAAGGUGCUGGGCAGGAUGAGGCCGGGCAGGGGCAGCUGCGGGUACGGCUGUGGCUGGGGCUGGUGACUAACAGCGAAGCCUUCAAGCGGUGCUGCGAGGGGCGGGUCCAGGUCUAUGCUGAGACGUAUGAGAACCAGGUGAAGGAGCUGGGCAAAUGGGGGCCAGGGGAGCCACCAGAUGCCUUCUGGUUCUCCGACAUCACCGGCAGGCUGGGGCUGCCCAUGGACCGGUUCCAGCUGCCCCGGGGCUGGCGCUGGGCAGGGGACUGGGCUGUGGAGCCACAGCGCAGGCUGCUCCUGGACGCAGAGACCAACCGCAGCGAGGUGCUGGAGGAGGUUUAUGAGCAGGAGAACCGGCCACCAGGGCAGGACUGGGCACCUGCCCCUGUGCCCCACACCAAUGCUGCUGGGGUGCCCAUGCCCCCAAAGGAGCAGGUGCCAUGCCCGCGGGGCUGGAAUGUGGAAGAUGACUGGCAUGUGGAGGUGAACCGUGCAGUGGAUGAUGCCGGCUGGGAGUAUAGCAUGGGGUCCCUGCCACUGACGUGGGCCGCGGCCGAGAAAAUGUACCACACACAGCGGCGCCGGCGCUGGCUGAGGCGGCGCCAGCGGGCGCUGAGUCCCCGGCGCCAGGCGUGGGAGAUAGCCUCCUUCCUGCAGCUGCAUGUUUCUGAGGAAGCUACAGCCUUGGAGAAUGAGGAUUAUGGCUGGGAAUACUCUGCAGAGCCAGAGGGGAAGUUCCACCUGCACGCCCAAAGCAAUGAUGAGUAUCGCCGGCGCUGCUGGCACCGCCGCCUGGUCCCAGCCCGGGCCUCUCGUGUGGCCUCCAUCUUUCUCCUCGAGGGCUCCCUGGGCACGGAGCCGACAGGCAAAGCUGUGGAGACGGGCAGCAGUGAGGUCGGGACACCACAGAGCCCUUCACAGACCCUGCUGCAGCUCCACACACCCCUCAUCGUCUGCAUCUUCCCCCACCCCACAUACUACCAACUGCGCUGCUACAUCUACCAAGCCAGGGACCUACUCCCAGGCAGUGGCAAGACUGCAGCAGACCCCUUUGCCCAUGUGGCCUUUCUGCACGUAAGCCAGCACACAUGGACAGUGCCAGACACCCUUCACCCAGCCUGGGACCAGACAUUGCUCUUCCGCCGCUUGCUGCUCUAUGGGGACCCCAAGGCCUUGGCCCGAGACCCCCCUGUGGUGGUGCUGGAGAUCUUUGACCAGGAUGUAGGCGGCCGGGAUGAAUUCCUGGGCAGGAACAUGUGCCAGCCCACCGUGUGCCUGCAGCCCAGUGUCCGAUGCCCACCCCGGCUGCGGUGGUUCCCCAUCACUUGCAGGCAGCAGCAGGCUGGGGAGCUGCUGGCUGCCUUUGAGCUGCUUCUAGAGACAGAGGAUGGGGCACUGAGCCGGCUGCCGCCUCCACCGUGGCGGGACGGGCACCACAUCACACCUGCUGAAAUCCGGCCUGCUGUGCGCCCAAUGGCCAUCGAGGUGCUGGCGUGGGGGCUGCGGGGCCUGGCCAGUUUCAAGUUGCUGCCCGUGGGCUGCCCGGCACUGACCGUGGAGUGCGGGGGGGUCUCAACCACCACGGCCCCCAUCCGCGACCUGCAGCACCACCCCAACUUCCCCCAGAACGUCCUGCUGCUGCGUGUGGUGCUGCCUGUGGACGAUGACUAUGCGCCCGCGCUGGAGCUCAAGGUCAUCGACUACCGGGACUUUGGCUACCAGCCCAUGGUGGGGCAGAACUGCCUCCGAGACCUGCGCCCCUUCCUCUGCCAGCCCCAGCCCGGGGGUCUGCACCUCCACCUGCCCCCCCGAGGCAAAAGCAAGGGCUGGAUCGCCAAGGUGCUGAGCCGUGUGGCCAAGCGGACGUGGGGUCGCUGGGUGUUGAGGCCAGAGCAGGCUGAUGGGGUGGAGGAGGAGGAGGAGGCUGAGGCCGACUGGUGGAGCCGAUUCUAUGCAGCCACGGGUGACCUGACCAAGAGUGGGGAGGCUGUUGCAGCACUGGACCCCCUCCAGAUAUACAACUGUGAGCUGGAGGCUGUGAAGGAGUUUGAGGGGCUGCAGGAUUUCUGCCAGACCUUCCCGCUCUACCGGGGCUGCACAGAGCCUGGUGAUGACCCCCUGGUGGUGGGAGAAUUCAAGGGCCUCUUUCGCAUUUACCCGCUGCCCGAAGACCCUGGAGCACCACUGCCCCCACGCCAGUUCCAGGAGCUGCCCCCAAGCCAGCCCCAGGACUGCCUGGUGCGGGUCUACGUGGUGCGAGCCUUCAACCUGCCCCCCAAGGACCGCAACGGCCUGUGCGACCCCUACAUCCGUGUCACUCUGGGCCAGAUGAAGCUGGGGGAUCGGGAUGACUACGUGGCCAACACCCUGGAGCCCAUCUUUGGAAGGCUUUUUGAGCUGUCCUGCCACCUGCCCCUGGACAAGGACCUGUGUGUGGCGCUACUGGACCGGGACAUGGUGCAGCCUGACCAGCCCAUUGGGGCUACCACCAUUGACCUGGAGAACCGCUUGCUGUCCCGGCACCGUGCCCACUGUGGCCUGGCCCCUACCUACCGCCUCUCAGGCCUGGGGCAGUGGCGGGAUCAGAUGCCCCCAACACAGGUACUGGAGGAGCUGUGCCGAGCACGGGGCCUGGUGCUGCCUGAGUUCAGCGAGGACGGCGGCCAGGUUGGCUUCCUGGGCCGCAGCUUCCUGCUUGCCGACUUUGAGCGAGCAGUGCCAGCACCAGCUUUGCGGUACCUGGGUCCCCCCCGUGAGCGCCUGGCGCUGCACCUGCUACACACCUGUGAUCUCGUGCCCGAGCAUGUGGAGACGCGGCCCCUCUACAGCCCCACCCAGCCUGGCAUCCCCCAGGGCAAGCUGCAGAUGUGGGUGGACAUCUUCCCUGAGAGCUUGGGCCCCCCCGGCCCCUAUGUUGACAUCAUCCCCCGAAAGCCCAAACAGUAUGAGCUGCGCUGCAUCGUGUGGAACACGUGUGAUGUGGAACUGGAGGAAACAAAUAUCAUGGGGGAGCACAUGAGCGACAUCUAUGUCAAGGGCUGGCUGGAUGGACAGGAGGAUGUGCGGCAGCGAACGGAUGUGCACUACCGCUCGCUGGGGGGCGAGGGCAGCUUCAACUGGCGCUUCGUCUUCACGCUGGACUACCUGCCGCUGGAGGGUGUCUGUGUGCUGCCCCGCAAGGAGCACCUGUGGAGCCUGGACGAGACGGUGCUGAAGCUGCCACCCAAGCUGGUGCUGCAGGUCUGGGACAAUGACAAGUUCUCAGCUGACGACUUCCUGGGGGCCCUGGAGCUGCCGCUGACCCAGGUGCCACGCCCAGCCCAGCGCCCCCGCGACUGCACCCUGCGGCCCCCGCGGGACCCUGGCACCAACCUUUUCCACCAGCGCAGCUUGCAUGGGUGGUGGCCCUGUGCCAGCUACAACAAGGCUGGGCACCCACACCUGGCGGGCAAGCUGGAGCUGACACUGGAGCUGCUGACAGCCAAGGAGGCAGAGGAGCGGCCAGUUGGCCGGGGUCGAGAGGAGCCCAACAUGUACCCCACACUGCAGCCACCGGUGCGCCCAGAGACCUCGUUCCUGUGGUUCACGGCACCACUAAAGACCCUGCGGCACAUUGUGUGGCGCCGGAACCGCUGGCGGGUGCUAGGGGGCCUGGCCUUACUACUACUUGCCCUGCUCCUCACCUCCUUUGUCUAUGCUUCCCCGCGCUACCUGGCCAUGAAGCUCAUCAACCCCUUCCAGAGCGCCCACUCCUUCGGCAGCCUCAAACCAGUGCUGGGGAGCAGUGGCCAGCACUGAUGUCCUUGUAGUGGCGGCAGUGCCUCCUGUCCCUUGCCAUGCUCAGCCCUGGCUGAUGGGAGCCUAGAACUGCCUUCGGGAUUGUUGCAGCAGCCACCCAAGCCUCUAUAAAGGCCCAGUGUGGACACCAUAUGUCAUGUGUGUUGGUAUCCUGGAGCCGGGGUAACUGGUUUCCGGACAUUUAGGGAAUGCCAGGCGGGAGGUGGGACUGAUGUGGCAAGUCUCCACCUGUCACCUCCAUGGGCAAGAGACAUGUGGAGGUGGGCGCUG